AAACGUGUCCGAUAAUUGAAAAUGUCGUCAAAUGAUUUUCAUGGUGGAUCCAUGAACGUGUUAUAUUCGAAGAAAGACCAUGAAAGGAGGAAUGAUUUAUUUCAUUUGCAACUAUUUUUUAUGAAAUUUGUAGGUCAAGUACCAACAAAUUUGGAGAAGUAUGUUUCAAUACAAUGGCAAGGAGCUGCUAAAAUGAUGGCUAGAUUUUAUUGUGCCUUUUCGGCUAUCUCGACUUUGCAUUUGGCUUUAUUGUAUAUAAAAACCACGUUCGAUAUGUUGCAAAUAGGGGAAUUGGAAGAGAUAACAGACGCUCUCACCAUGGCCAUUAUAUAUUCUUUUGCCUCUUUUGCAACAUGUUAUUGGUUAUGGAGAACCAAAUCUUUGAGGGACUUUUUAGAAAAGAUCAAUGAGCAACAUCGUCAUCAUUCAAUGGCCGGUUUAACGUUUGUUAGUGUAGACUCAUCUUAUAAUCUUGCUUACAAAAUAACGCUUUAUUGGCUGAGAUCCUGUAUGGUUGGUGUAGUAUCAUGGGCUUUAAAUCCCCUACUUUUGGGAUCAUAUUCUCUGCCAUUAAAAUGUUGGUAUCCCUUUAAUCCUUUGCAACCUGUAGUUUAUGAAUUGACCUAUAUGACUCAAGUAUGGUGUCAAUUUAUUAUGGGAUGCAUCUUUGGGAAUGGCUCUGCUCUGUUUGUUUCGGUAAUUAUUAUUAUGUUGGGUCAAUUCGAUAUCCUCUAUUGUAGUUUGAAAAAUUUGGAUUAUCAUGCUCAAUUGAUGUCAGGCGAGGAUUUAAAAUAUCUCCAAAAACUCCAAUCUCAAUUACUGCAAGGCGAGGACGAUGAACUCAAUCAAUAUGUGUACUCUAAAGAAUACUCAACCGACUUGAGUAUAUUUGGUAGCAAAGAAGUACGCCACAAAAAAUCACUUAAGAAAGUUCUUCACGAAUCAUUAGUGGAAUGUGUCCUCUUACAUAAAUUUAUUUUAAAGAGUUGUGACACAUUAGAGGAUCUUUUUAACCCGUACUGUCUCAUCAAAUCUCUUCAGAUAACAUUGCAACUAUGUUUGCUUGUAUUUGUAGGAGUGGCUGGUGAGAGUUCCACGAUGAGGACAAUUAAUUUGGUGCAAUAUUUGGCAUUGACGCUCUCCGAAUUGCUCAUGUUUACAUAUUUUGGUGAAUUGCUUCGAAAUCACAGCGUUCGAGCCGGUGAAGCUUUCUUUCGUUCGCAAUGGUGGCCGCAUGCUCAUUAUAUAAAACGAGAUAUUUUUGUAUUUUUGGUAAAUACGAAGCGUGUAGUCAAAAUUACCGCUGGUAAAUUUUACUUGAUGGAUAUACAGCGUUUGCGUUCGGUAAUAACACAGGCAUUUUCGUUCUUGACAUUAUUGCAAAAAUUAGCUGAAAAGAAUAAAUAAAUAAAUUCUAUAACAAACACUUGAUUAUGCCAGACUUGUAGUAAAUGAUCGAUUUGAAAAAAAUGGCAAAACCUGCAAUAGUGGACGUUUUCCAUAAAAAGCUAAGCAGAAAUAUUGAUGAUAUUAAAACAACUAAAACCAGGAGCAAGGAAAACACGGCUAUCAUGGCGGACGUUUGUAAUGAUUGGCUGCUAUAAAGACUGGCAUCAAGGAUCUGC